UCCUCUUAGGGGCUUGUCGUGUUUGCUUUUCCUUGGACACAGAAGAAUUCAAUUGUCGGGAUUGUGGGAUGUUUUAGCGCGACUGUCCCGGUUGUCGGCGACAUUGCCUUUCGGGGACUUUGAGGAUAGUGACAAAGCCGAAGUUGCGCGAUCAACGCAUUACAAUCGGCAUCCCAAGCUGACUAACGAUAUAAUAGGUGGCAAGACUGCGAGAGGGCGCUGCAGUCGGAGCUUAGCUAGUGAUCUACUCAAUCGCUAGAGAGCUAAGCUACCGUAUUGGAUAGACUUUGUAGCAUGGCGCAGUCAGUGCGGAUCGGCGUGGACGUCGGCGGAACAAACACCGACGCGGUGUUAAUCGACCUGGGACAGCGAGACGCACCGUCUCGGGGCAUUCGCUCAUCUCACAAAGCCCCAACGUCCCCGGAUGUCACCACGGGCAUCCAAGAAGCUAUCAACACAGUCCUCCGGGACUCCAGGGUCGCUCCAGAAAAUGUGGCGUCCGUUACUAUUGGCACAACUGCCUUCCUGAACUCCGUGCUGGAGCAAGACCCCCGCCGUCUAAGCAAGGUUGCGAUUAUCCGAUUGUCGAAAUCGUUCCUGCGCGAUGUGAAGCCGUUUUCCGAGUGGCCAGCUGGACUGGCCAGUCUCAUCAAUGGAUAUGUCGGGUACAUCGAUGGCGGCCUCCAUAUUGAUGGGUCUCAGGAGGCGCCGGUGGUCGAAUCGCAGGUCGUUCGGGAGUGCGAGAACAUCAAGGCGCUGGGUUUAACGACUGUCGUCGUGGCAGGUGUUUACUCGCCCAUUGAUGAGGUGUUCCGACAGGAGGAAACAGUGCGGGAGAUCAUUGCCCGCGAGAUUCCGGGGGCGGACGUCGUAUGUUCGAAGGAGAUUGCCAAUAUAGGUUUCCUGGAACGGGAAAAUGCUGCUAUCCUCAACGGCGCCAUCUUGAGAUACGCGCGUCAAACAAUCCGACGCUUCCGGGGUGCGAUGAAAUCCCUUCAUCUGCAGUGUCCGCUGUUUCUCACACAGAAUGAUGGCACCAUCAUAGAUGCGACUAAUGCAGCUAAGACACCUAUCCGGACGUUCAACUCCGGUGCUACAAAUUCCAUGCGCGGCGCCGCAUAUCUAGCUGGAGAGGAUCUGGCUAAUAAGUCUACGAUCGUCGUUGAUAUCGGUGGAACCACGACUGAUGUUGGGGUUCUGCUUCCCUCCGGGCUGCCACGUCAAGCUUCGGCUUAUGUCAAAGCCGCGGGAAUCAAGGUCAAUUAUUCCAUGCCCCAUUUGUACUCUGUCGGACUCGGUGGAGGAUCCAUUGUCCGCGAUGCACAAAGCGACGCAAAGACCGGGGCUGUCACCGUUGGUCCAGAUUCCGUUGGGCAUAGACUGCUCACAGAGGGUCUUGUGUUUGGCGGAGAGACUCUGACUGCAACGGAUAUUGCUGUUGCCGGUGGUCAGUGUGUCGUAGGUAAUGCGGAGUCCGUUAAACAUCUAGCUCCUGAAUUGGUAUCUGCGUCACAGACACGGAUCAAACAGGUCUUGGAGCGCUCAAUUGACCUCAUGAAGACCUCACCAGAGCCACUGCCAGUGCUCCUUGUCGGAGGAGGUGCCGUUCUGGCCCCUGCAGAGCUAGUGGGUGCCUCCAAACUCAUCAACCCGCCAUUCUUCGAUGUAGCGAACGCGGUGGGCGCCGCCUGCGCCAAGGUCGGUGGAACAGUAGAUAAAAUAACCAGCAUCGCAAAUCAGUCGAUCACGGACGCUGUGGAAGACGCUAAGAAAGCUGCCAUUGAACGAGCUAUUCAAGCCGGCGCCGUUCCAAAUAGUGUUUUUAUUGCUGAGGUUGAGUCCAUGCCGAUUCCAUAUAUUUCCAAUCAGUUGAGAACUGUCGUCAAGGCGAUUGGAGAUUUGGAUACUGAGAGGUCAAUGAACAUGUUUGUUGACAACGAUGAGGGCGCCGUGGAGGAGGAGACAAUAGCUGACAGCCCCAGGACGGUGGAACACCUUCAAGUGCCGGACGUGAUUCCCGUUGAUCAUCUUACCUACAGGCCGAAGGUUCUCUUCAACGAGAAGGCUGGCUGGCACGAAUGGCUCCUGACAGAAACCGACCUGGACUACAUCGCAGACGGAGCGUAUGUCCUCGGCUGCGGCGGUGGCGGAAGUCCAGACGCUGGCCGCAUUCAACUACAAGAGAUGAUCCGUCAAGGGUACAAAAUCCGGUGCAUCGAUCAUUCCGUCCUGCCGGACGAUGCACUCGUCUACUGGGGAGGACGCAUGGGAUCACCGGCAACCACUGUGGAGCGACUCCAAGCCCACGAAACGGUGGAUGCGAUCGGCCAGCUCAUGCACUACAUGGGUCACAAAUCCUUCGAUGCCGUGAUGGGCCUCGAAAUCGGUGGGUCCAAUGGUCUCGAAGCCUUUCAAUGGGGGUCGGAUCGAUUCUACGAUUGCCCCGUUAUUGACGCGGACUUCAUGGGCCGUGCCAAUCCCAUGAUCUGGCAGACUACAAUGGCCGUGUAUCGGCCGGGGGAGCUCGCUCCUUGUGCAAUUGACUCCGGCGAUGGAAGGUCUGUCAUCAUGCCCCGAGCGGGCGAUGAUGAGAUGGUCGACCGGGUGCUCCGUGCUGCUUUGACUGAAAUGGGCUCUUUAGUUGGCUUAUCAGCUCGCCCGACAAAUGGUGCGGCUGUGAGGGCAAUCGCCAUUUUGAAUACGGUGUCACUAUCAUGGAGAAUCGGGAGAGCCAUUGCCCAAGCUGCUCAAUAUAGUACACUUCUCACCGUGCCAGAAGCCAUCAUUGCUGAAGUCGGAGGCCCCCAGUCCGCCAAGGUCCUAUUCCGAGGCAAGAUCUCUGGAAUCGAGCAAACAGUAUACAAAGGACAUUCAUACGGCGAGCUCAUCAUCACCGAAGUCCCCGCCGAAGAUGACGACCAGGCCAAUAAUCAGAAUUGCUCUCCUGCGGUUGCGCAAGGUGGGCAGCUCCGCAUCCCGUUCAAAAAUGAGAAUAUCUACGCAGAGCAUCAUGCUGCCGACGGCUCGAGGAAGAUCAUUGCCAGCGUACCGGACCUCAUUUGCAUCUUGGACAAGGAAUCAGGCAAGCCAAUCGGGGUGCCAGAGUACCGCUAUGGCUACCAGGUGGUGGUGCUGGGAUUAGCCUGCUCUCCACACUGGUCCAAGACGAAACGAGGCCUCGAGAUCGGUGGACCAAAGGGCUAUGGAUAUGAUUUCGCAUAUGAGCCGUUGGGCGAGUAUGUUGAGCCUAGGAGUGUGAUUGAUGAGUUCAAGGAGGGUAAUUAGGCCGCACGCAGCAGAUCAUCCUAUAAAAUUGUUAAUACUAGCGUUAAUGAAUACUUUCCACCUCGUGUAAGCCAAAUUCCCCACUUAAAGACGACAGGGACCAUAGAUGUGAGAAGGAGAGAAUCCACUUGACAAGAUCGAAGUGGAGAAUCAACAGAAUUAAUUACAUACGCCGUAUUCUCCACUGGGUUUAUCCGCUCGGGUGGAUGUUGAUCCGAUGAUUUCGGGGGCAUGACAAACAUGACAAACAUUCCAUUCGAGCACAAGACCAAUAUUGGAGCCCAAGGCACGCUUUAAACGACACAAAAAGAGAACCCAAAGGAAAAGACUGCUGAACUAAAUACGAGGCUGAGUAGUAACGGCUCUUUCGGAUUUUCGGUAGAUAUUUACAGCUUGGGGUAAGGUCCGUGGAGAUGAUUCCAGAUGUCUGCGGUCUUGCCCUCUCGAGAUAUAUAUUUAAAGAAGUCCUGUGUCACGGUCUCAAAUUGUCAUGAAGUGACUCCAAGCUCUAGACACAGAUUGACCUGUUCUACCUAAACGUUCUAU